AUGGACGAAGAAGAUGAUGCCGAUCAGGAGCAGCGACUCAUCAAUGAGGAGUACAAGACGUGGAAAAAGAACAGCCCAUUCCUCUAUGACAUGAUCUUGAGUACGGCAUUGGAGUGGCCGACAUUGACGACACAGUGGUUUCCUGAUGUUAAAGACGUGAAGGAGAAGAACUACACGGUCCAUAGACUACUCAUCGGGACUCAUACUGCAGAGGGGAAACCAAACUAUCUCCAGAUCGCCGAGGUCGAAAUUCCCAAGUCUGUAGAGCCGAACCCUCAUGACUACGACGAGGAGCGGGGCGAGAUUGGCGGCUAUGGCAGCAAAGCGUCGUCUGGGGAGCCGCCUGUCAUCAAGUUCAGCAUUACGCAAAAGAUUGACCACCCUGGCGAGGUAAACAAGGCGCGAUAUCAGCCCCAGAACCCCGACAUUAUCGCCACGCUCGCCAUCGACGGCAGGGUGUUGAUCUUUGACCGCACAAAGCACAGCCUGACCCCCACAGGCACUCCCAAUCCCCAGAUUGAGCUGGUUGGUCACAAGGAGGAGGGCUUCGGCUUGAAUUGGAGUCCCCAUGAGGCGGGCUGCUUGGCAUCCGGUAGUGAGGAUAAGACAGUUCUGCUCUGGGACUUGAAGACUGUGACAUCCACCAAGACGCUGAAACCGUGGCGGAAAUACACCCACCACACGCACAUUGUCAAUGACGUCCAGUACCACCCCAUGGUCAAGCACUGGAUUGGUUCCGUGUCGGACGAUCUGACACUCCAGAUCAUUGACACGCGCAAUCCGGACACGACAAGGGCGGCUGUGGUGGCGCGCGACGGGCACAGUGAUGCAAUCAAUGCUCUGGCGUUUAACCCGCGCUCCGAGUUUCUGAUCGCCACGGCAUCGGCCGACAAGACGAUCGGCAUCUGGGAUUUGCGGAAUCUCAAGCAGAAAAUCCACACGCUCGAGGGCCACAACGACGCCGUCACUUCGCUGUCGUGGCACCCGACCGAGACUAGCAUACUCGGCAGCGGGAGCUACGACAGACGAAUCAUCUUCUGGGACAUCAGCCGGGCCGGCGAGGAACAGCUGCCCGAGGACCAGGAAGACGGUCCGCCGGAGCUGCUCUUCAUGCACGGCGGCCACACCAACCAUCUGGCCGACUUUACUUGGAACCUCAACGACCCGUGGCUCGUUUGCAGCGCGGCCGAGGACAACCUGCUCCAGAUCUGGAAGGUUGCCGACGCCAUUGUCAGCCAGGACGACAUUGAGAUGCCGAUGAAUGAGCUGGACGCGUCCAAUUAG